CCCGCUCCUCUGCCACCGGCUGCCACUGCGGCAGCGCCGGUCGCCCUCCUCGGAUCGUCAGCGUACAGCUGGGAGGAAGGAUGUUCACUGUGCUGACCCGCCAACCUUGUGAGCAAGCAGGCCUCAAGGCCUUCUCCCGAACUCCAGCCAUCAUCGCCUUGGUGUUCUUGCUUUUGAGUGUUGUGGUGCUUGUGGCUAUCACGCUCAUCCAGAUUCACCAGAAGGAGGUCCUCCUUCCAGGACUGAAGUAUGGAAUCGUGCUCGAUGCUGGGUCUUCCAGAACCACAGUCUAUGUGUAUGAGUGGCCAGCAGAGAAGGAGAAUAAUACUGGAGUGGUCAGUCAAACCUUCAAAUGUAAUGUGAAAGGCCCUGGAAUCUCCAGCUAUGGGAAAAACCCCCAAGAUGCCCCCAGAGCCUUUGAAGAUUGCAUGCAAAAAGUCAAGGAGCAGAUUCCAGCCCAGCUCCGUGGAUCUACCCGCAUCUACCUAGGGGCCACCGCUGGGAUGCGCUUGCUGAGGUUGCAAAAUGAAACAGCAGCUAAUGAAGUCCUUGCAAGCAUCCAACACUACUUCAAGUCCCAGCCCUUUGACUUUAGGGAUGCUCAAAUCAUUUCUGGGCAAGAGGAAGGGAUAUAUGGAUGGAUUACAGCCAACUAUUUAAUGGGAAAUUUCCUGGAGAAGAACCUGUGGCAUAUGUGGGUGCAUCCGAAUGGAGUGGAAACGACAGGUGCCCUGGAUUUAGGUGGUGCCUCCACCCAAAUAUCCUUUGCCACUGGAGAGAAGGUGGGGCUGAACACCAGUGACAUCAUGAAGGUGCCCCUGUACGGCUAUGUGUACACGCUCUACACACACAGCUUCCAGUGCUACGGCCGGAACGAGGCUGAGAAGAGAUUUCUGGCCACCCUCCUUCAGAAUUCUACCACCAAAACCAGACUCACCAACCCCUGUUACCCUCGGAAUUACAUCACCAACUUCACUGGGGACCGCAUAUUUGACAGCUUGUGCACAGAAGGCCUGAGGCCUGGAAGUUACGAGCCCAGUGCCAUCAUCACUUUUGAAGGAACCGGGGACCCAUCCCUGUGUAGGGAAAAAGUGGCUUCCCUAUUUAACUUCAGCGCUUGCCAUGACCAAGAAGACUGUUCCUUUGUUGGGGUUUAUCAGCCAAAAGUUAAAGGGUCAUUUGUGGCUUUUGCAGGAUUCUACUACACAGCCAGUGCUAUGAAUCUUUCAGGUAGCUUUUCCCUGAACUCCUUCAACUCAAGCACCUGGAAUUUCUGCUCACAGAGUUGGAAUCAGCUCCCGUUGCUGCUCCCCAGGUUUGAUGAGGUGUAUGCCCGCUCCUACUGCUUCUCAGCCCACUAUAUCUAUCACUUGCUGGUAAAUGGAUACAAAUUCACCGAGGAGACUUGGCCCCAAAUACAUUUUAAAAAAGAACUUGCUGAACAGAAGCUGAUGGGACUGUGAUCACUUGUGAGCUUCCCAGAAGAGAUGAUGGAGAAUUCAGAGGAGGUGUUCACUGGACACCCUUCCACACGGUAAAGGAUUGGAAGCCAAGAACCUGUGGACUCUGAGUUCUGCGAGGGCAGGACUUGUUUUAUCAUCCUUGUAUUCCUAGCAUUCAGCACAGGGGCCAGAACCCGGAAGAUGCUUGGGUUGAGUGAAUAAAUAAUUAUGUUAAAGAGUUGAGACUUUUCAUCCUGAAAAGAAGCUUCAAAUAUAACAAUAACUUUUUUAUGAAGAUAGUAACUAAUUGCUCACAGAUUUUACACAGAUGCCAGAAUAAGAUAGAGCAUGAGGGAUUUACAGCAGCACUAAGUAAGAAUUUUCUCUUGGGAUGCGAUUGAGGUCACUGUAUUUCCUCUCAAGUGUCCAGAAUGGUCUGAAGCUGGAAUCACAGCUGGUCUCAGUCACUCUCUGGACCUUGUUUCCAGGCAAGACUCAGCUUUGCUAAUAUGUUCAUCCAGCACCGUGUUCCCCAGGUUCUGGGAGGGUUUUCUCAUGUCAGGAAUGACUGAUAGAAAGCCUGAAGUAUGUCUGGAGUCGGUCUGUUCAGUAUUAGCUUCGACAAUAAUUAGAUUAAACCAAUCAAUAUCCAGCAUUAGGCCUGUGCCUGUCUACUUUUACAUAAAUAAAAUUGAGUCAUCUACAAAAACUAAGGAUGUCUGGAGACGUAUAAGGCCUGUUGGUAGCAUGUGCUCUCUAAGCUUUGCUUCUAGUGAAUCUAAUUACCAGGAAAGUACAUUAUGAAAACGGAGAAUGACUUUCCCUUGAAUACCAAUUUGGAUGGAUACAGAAUUCUAGGCUUGAAGUUCCUUUCCUUUAUUCAUAAAGGGUUUUGUAUCCAGCCAAAUUAGUAUUCAAAAUGUGAGGGCAUAAAAAGACUUCAGAAGAUUGGCCGCACAAAGACUUACGUUGAAAAUACUUUUGGAGGAAUUAAUUAAGUAAGAAGAAAAAUAAAUCCAGGAGAUGUUAUAAAAAUAGAGGAAGUAAGAAUAAAUGAUGUUGUAGCUUAAAAUUUAGGUUAAAAAAAGAAAACUAACACCAAAGAAAAGUAAAGGAAAAGAAUCCAUUUGUAACAAGCCAGCAUUCAAGUACAGCUAAUAUCCAAUGUGAUGGGGGCAGGGUAGGGGGUCAUAGGAUACAGGGACAUGAAAAUGGCCUAAAAUGCUCAUCUUGUAAAGAGGAAUGUAUAUCUGUAUCAUUUUUAAGGCAAGAACGGAAAAAAAUAAAUAUAGGAAAAUAGCACCAGUGGAAAAUUUAAAACUAACAUAUUAGAGAGAAGUUCAAAUAUAUCAAUAAUCGUAAUAAUCAUAAAUGGACUAAACCUACCAGUUAAAAGACAGACAUUGUCAGAUUGGACUUUUAAAAAUCAAGUAUAUGUUGUUUGUAAGAGAAACACUUAGGCUUUAUGCCUCAGGACCUGGAAAGAUUGAAAGUUAAAAAAAUUUUUUUAAGUAUCAAACAAACACUACCCAAAAGAAAACUGGUGUAGCUAUUUAAUAUCUGACAAAAUAGUCUUUGAGAUAAGAGCAUCAUUUGAGAUAGAGAGGAUUCCGACAUAAUGAUAAAAAGUUCAUUAUGAAUAUUGCAAAUUCGAAACAUUUAUAUGUCUAAUAAAACAGCCUAAAAACAUAUAAACAAAAAUUGAGGGAACUACCAGAAGAAAUUGACAAAAUCUGUUUCCCAUUUAGACUGACCCCCUGUUCUAAGAAACUAGUCCUGGGUUCAAUAAACCCUCUUUCUUUAGCCACGGACACUUGUGUACCCGACAACAGAAAAACUGUCACUGUUGUUAACUGUGCCCCCUUCACGCUUGGUUAUGACAAGGUUGUGAGGAUUGGUUCUUCUGUUUUCUCUGCAAUGCCAGAGGUAGGGCCUUGAGCCUUUGUGGUCAUGGUGACCUGGGUUCUAGCCCAGUCUCUGCAGUGUCUGAAUAUGGCCAAGUCUUUUUACCU